AUGAGCAGUCAAGGCUGGGAUGCCCUGCUCCCUCCGCCUGUGGCGGCAACAGCUGGCACCACGGCCGACGGACGGCCUGUGGUCGACCUGGACUUUGGCGACGACGCGGACGCUGCUGCUCAGUGGCUUCUCCACGCGCUCCAGGCCAGCAGAGGUGGCGGUGACGGUGGUGGCGGAGAGGCUGGUGCCGAGGACGGCCUCUCGACCGCGAUGAUUCGCGUCAGCGUCGCCGAGGAGAACUCGGACGGGGUCAUGGUCCCUGCACGGCUGCCGGCUGCCGAACAUGGCCACUCGCGCGGCAGCGGCGGCGGCCACGGCCACUCGCACGGUGGGCCGCUGGUCAGCUGUCCGCCGUGCGCAGCGAGUGUCGCUGCCGUGAUGGGCAUGUGCGUGGCUGCAUGGUAUGCGUGGUACGCGCUACUCUUUGCGCAGACUUGCCUGACUGCUGAGAACCCCACUGAGGGCUGCUUCUCGGCAUGGCUGGCGCCGGCACUCGGCCCGGGCUCGUACCUUGCGGGCCUCGUUUUCUUCCAUCUGGGCGGCGCCGCAUGCAUCGCUGCCGCUGUUGGCCCGAUUGCUCUGGUGGUCUCGCUGAUGAGGACCAGCGGACGGCGGACGGCUUACACCAUUGUGGCUCUCCUCGUCGCUGUUGUCGCCCCGCUUCUAGCUUGGCUCCUCCUCCUGCUUGCCUCGUCCCCCGCAGUCAUCCCAGCCCAUGCCGGCCAGCUCGCGCUCGUUGCUGACGCCAUCGCCGCCGUUGCCGUUGCCCGCUUCCACCUUGCCGCCCCAUCGUCGCACUCUGGCAACAACCUCCACACCCUCUAGCCUCAUAACAAGCUCUGCCCCCCCC